AUCGUCAAGCUGCUGUUCCUCAGAAAUAAAGAAAUUUGACACGGAGACACUCCACAUCUUGGCUGCCAGGAGAAAUACCAUCUUCGAGGUCAUUCCAUGUAUUGAGACAUUUGUUAUUAUUGUUUUGUCAGUGUAUUUUCUGGUGCAGUCCCAGCGGAAGAUGUGGGGCCCAUAUCACGCAAGACUAAUGUGGGAUCAUCGGUUAUUUCUUCUCCGCGUCUUUGCUGUCUUCCGGGGCCCCAACCCACCUCCCUCACCUUGUAAAACUGGCAGGCUCCGGACAUUUUGCAUGCUGAAGAAAAUCACUGUUUUGCCUCCAGCAAGGAACAAGAAUGUUGCAACACUGACUCCUCCUCUCAUGAAGAAAGAGUGAACAAGUGCACCGAGUUGAGCUUCUCACAGAGCCACCGGGCUGGGGACGGAGGCGCCCAGGUUGGGCUCCUGAGACUCCAGUCUUCUGGACUUCCCCCAACCCCCGCUCCCGCCUCCGCCCCCUUCCCGUCUUACUCCCUUCUCACCCUCUGUCUGGAUUCUACCGGCUGUUCGUGAAACAGCUUUGCACCCAUUGGAUCUCCACGUCCUUUUGCAGGAAGUGCUCACGGACUGUUACGGCAGACUUUGCUCCCAGGCAAAACUAAAGAACUCUUCUAUUCAUGGAGGUGAAAACUAAGGAAGGUUUCCACAUGAACCCUGAAGUGAAAGCCUGAUACAUUUCCUGUAGAAAGAGAAAAGAAGCUAAAAUGAAGGAAAGUGUUGCAUCCACAAUUUUCGUUUUGCUACUUUUUCUCAACACCAGACUCCUGAAUGGACAAUCACCUCCUGGAAAACCUGAGAUCCUUAAAUGUCGUUCUCCUGAAAAGGAGACAUUCACCUGCUGGUGGAAGCCUGGGGAAGACGGAGGUCUCCCUACCAAUUACACACUGACUUACCACAAGGAAGGAGAGACACUCACACAUGAAUGUCCAGACUACAUAACCAGUGGCCCCAAUUCCUGUUACUUCAACAAGAAGCACACCUCCAUCUGGACAAUGUACAUCAUCACAAUAAAUGCCACAAACCAGAUGGGAAGCACUUCCUCGGAUCCACGUUAUGUGGACGUGACUUACAUAGUUGAACCAGACCCUCCUGUGAACCUGACUUUGGAAUUAAAACAGCCAGAAGACAAAAAACCGUAUCUGUGGAUGAAAUGGUUCCCACCCACCCUGGUUGAUGUAAGAUCUGGUUGGCUCACACUCCAGUACGAAAUUCGAUUAAAACCCGAGAAAGCCACUGAGUGGGAGACUCAUUUUGCUGGGCAGCAGACUCAGUUUAAGAUUCUCAGCUUAUAUCCAGGACAGAAAUACCUUGUCCAGGUUCGCUGCAAGCCAGACCAUGGAUUCUGGAGUGAGUGGAGCCCAGAGAGCUCCAUUCAGAUACCUAAUGAUGUCACCAUGAAAGAUACCAUUGUGUGGAUCUUUGUGGCUGUUCUUUCUGCUGUCAUCUGUCUGAUUAUGGUCGUGGCAGUGGCUUUGAAAGGCCAUAGCAUGGUGACCUGCAUCCUUCCACCAGUUCCUGGGCCAAAAAUAAAAGGAUUUGAUACUCAUCUGCUGGAGAAGGGCAAGUCUGAAGAACUGCUGAGUGCCCUGGGGUGCCAAGACUUCCCUCCCACUUCUGACUGUGAGGACUUACUGGUGGAGUUUUUAGAAGUGGAUGACAGUGAGGACCAGCAGCUGAUGCCAGCCCUUUCAAAAGAACACCCGGGUCAAGAUAGGAAGCCCACACCCCUGGACCCAGACAGUGACUCUGGCCGGGGCAGUUGUGACAGCCCUUCCCUUUUGUCUAAAAAGUGUGAGGAAGCCCGGGCAAAUCCCUCCACAUUUAACACUCCUGAGGGCAUUGAGAAGCCAGAGAAUCCCCAGACAAAUGCUACCCGCACCUGGGACCCCCAGAGCACAAGCUCGGAAGGCAAAAUCCCUUCUUUCCCUGCCAAUGGAUCCAAAUCUUCAACAUGGCCUUUACCACAGCCCCCCAGCCAUCCCAGCCCCAGAUCUUCUUACCACAACAUUGCUGAUGUGUGCAAGCUGGCCAUGGGCCCAGCAGGUGCAUCGGCCACUUUGUUGGACAAAACAGACACACAUGCUUUAAGAUCUUCAAAAAAUGUUGAGACUGGAGGGGAGAAAGUGGCAGUUGAGCAGAGGGCAGUGGAAAGCUUCCAUUCCAAGACUGACCAAGGCACAGCAUGGCUGUUGACCCUGGAGAAAACCUCUUUUAUCUCUGUGAAACCCUUGGAUUAUGUGGAGAUUCACAAAGUUAACAAAGAUGGAGCACUAUCAUUGCUCCCAAAACAGAAAGAGAACGGCAACCAGACAGACAAGCCCAGCACUCUUGAAACCAGUAAGGAGUAUGCCAAGGUGUCCAGGGUGAUGGAUAACAACAUCCUGGUGUUAGUGCAGGACCCGCGAGCUCAAAACCUGGCUUCAUUUGAAGAACCAGCCAAGGGGGCUCCACCGCCCCUUCAACCGAAUCAAGCUAAAGAAGACCUGGCCUCCUUCACGUCGGCACCAAGCAACUGUGGACUCCAGCAGGGUGGGUUGGAUUACCUGGAUCCCACAUGUGUUAUGCACUCCUUUCAGUGAUAGCUUGAUUAAUGGAACGAUUGGUUAAAAUGUGACUUUUUUUCAGGUAACACUACAGAGUACAGGAAAUGCACUCUCCUAGAGAAUGCUCGAGAACGUGGUUAGAUUGACACUAUACAGCCCACAGUUCAUUCGUUUUCAUGCUCCAUUUUCAACCAGCUGCCUCUUUCUCCAACAGCUGAUUCCAGAACAAAUCGCUUUGCUUCCUGUGAUUUGUACAUUUACUUUUUGCUAUUAGUUAUAAAAUUAUGUGUUCAAUGAAAUAAAAGCGCAUCGUUUAGUAUUCUCGAGGGACAGUACCGACAGGUAUAUCCUCUGGAAGACUUUCACAGUUUGGUAUGUGACAAAAGGAAAUGAGAGAGUCACGGUUGUUUACCACAGGAAGAUGACAGGUGUGAGAGACAAAUGCCAUGAAAACCACUGUUGAAAACCAACGAACCUUUGCUUGACCUUUGUUUGACCUUUACUUGACCUUUGCACUCCUCUCUCAUUUUAUUAGGAUGAACCGAACACAUUUAAAGAAAGAAUGCAUUCCAGAACACCUGACAAAUUGUUUACAUCAGUUCCUAUCACCUUAGUGAUACAUUGCCAAUAUGCAAGCCAAAAUGAUGCCUCCAAUUUUUUCUUAAAAUGGUUUGAAUUUAUUAAGCAUGGGUUUUCCCCCCUAAAUUGUAUUUUAUCCUAAAGCCUCUAGAGAAUAUAGUUUUGGAAAAUGGAAUUUUCUUACAUUACAGGUAAGUGAGUUUCGUGUGGUAAAUUCUUCUAAAAUGUUUUCCUGUUUCAUUUCAGCACACGAGAUAAUUUAUUAAACCCCCUAGUCUUCUGUUAGGUAAAAAAAAAAAAUCCGAAAGACUAACCUUAAUUUAAAAGAUAAUCACAGCAGGAUGCUAAUGGAAAUACUGCCUUACUGUACAUAUGAAUUCUACUUUAAUAGAAACCCAUAAGUUUCACAAUGUAUUUUUGAAGACUAUUUUUCUAUCACUUAGGUAAAAUAAAAGACUAUUUUCUAUCUUCCCAGUACAGCUGUUUACGUAUUUAAUGGGUACAGUAUUUUCUGCUAUGAGGUUAUAAUGAGUAUUUGCAGUACAUAGUAGUAUAUGCAGUCCCUGUUUGUGGAGGAAAAUGCCAUCCCAACCCAAAGUCCAUUGAAGAUUACGAAGUGAAUGAUUAUACUCAGUUUCCAGCAUAGUAUGGUAUAGUUUAUCUGAUUCGUUUUUUAUCUCCAUGACACUUGAAACAGUCGCCAGCCUAGAGUUUUAGGGCUUUCCACAGACCAUAAAUUACUUCUGUGAUUUAGGGCUUGUCUGGGCUUUCUGCUCUUCUCUGGGUGAAUAUUCAUAAAACCACCAUGAAAAGGUGAGUGGUGACCUCUCACGUACUGUUUUAGAGAGAGGGUUUGGUUUCGUUUGGUUUGCUUCUGAGAAAUCUUGGGCAGCAAAGAAAAUUUAAGCAAAGCCAGAAGUUAGUAUCUCUCUGAAGUAGGUCCAUUUGCGAAGUCUUGGCAGAGGAAUAAAGGUCAAGGUGUGGAAGUAAGAAUCUCCAAGUCUGCUCCAGGGGCAGCCUUCCCAAGAGCAGUCCAAAGCCUGGCUCUCCAUUUUGAAGAGAGCAUUCAUGACUCAUCAAAAAGCCUCCCUCUGUUUUUCAUUUCACCUGCUGGCGGACCCAUUCUCUGUUCACUCACUAGCUGGAUAUAGUCAAUUUGAGCUCACCUCUAUGAGUUCAGUAUUUCACCCCAGCAACCCCAUGCUCGCUGGAAGUGGACUCCGAGGUGGCCGGAUAUUCGAAAGUGAACAUGUCACUAGCUUCCAGAAUCACAAAAGUAAAUAGAUCUGAGUUCCUCUUCUCCCAGUAUAGAAUAACAAGAAGAGCGAAGGUAUCCUGUGGGAAAGUUGCCCGUGUGCAUUCAGUCCUCUAGGUCCUUGCUACUCAAAGUAUGCUUGGAGGACCAGCUAAAUCAGCAUCUCACCUGGGCGCUGCUCAGAAAUGCAGAAUCUCGGCUCCUCUGCCCCAGACCUCCAGAAUCAGAAUCUGCCCUUUACUAAGAUCUCAGAUGAUUCACGUGCACAAUGAAGUUUGAGAAGCACUGCCCUAGGUCACCAUUUCCACUAAAGGUUAUAUUAGUGCAUAGAAACAAUCCUCUCUUGGAAAUACAGGUCAAGUCUAAAUUGCACUGAAUGACACUGUUCAUAAGGAGAAGGCAUACUUUUUGAAAAAUCCAUUUGGGGGUUAAAUUUACAUAAUGAUAGAGAACGACUUGCAAAAUACACACAACUCUAAAGAGGGCAUGGGAAUAGGGGCACCUGGGUGGCUCUGUCAGUUAAGCGUCCAACUUCAGCUCAGAUCGUGAUCUCACCAUUCAUGAGUCCGAGCCCUGCAUCAGGCUCUGUGCUGACAGCUCAGAGCCUGGAGCCUGCUUCGGAUUCUGUGUCUCCCUCUCUCUCUGCCCCUCCCCCUCUCGUGGGUGCUCUCUCCUCUCUCUCUCUCUCAAAAAUAAACAUUUUUUACAAAGUGUUAAAAAAAAAAAAAAAAGAGGGCCAGGGAAUAUAUUGCACCUGGGAAGCACUCUGCCAAAGACUCUGCCCUUCAAACCUAGUCCAGACCAAACUUUUCACAAAAUAGUCCAUCCUUCUCUAAAUUGUGUAUCAUGACUCCGAUAGUUUGAAAAUUCAAAACUGAUCUGUUUUGACAAACGAUUCGGCGUGUGUGAAGAAAAAAUGUUACGGUUAAAGUCUCCACUUGAAUUAAAUCCCUAAAAUACCCCAAUUAGCCACUCAUUAAGUACAGCCAAGGUUACAGUUCUCUGGUCAGUUAACACUCUAUUUAACUAAGUUCCUUUUUUUUUUUUUUUUCAUCUUGUGGCAUAUUUUCUAUCAAGGAGACAGCCAGUGCAAUGGAAGGAUGCAGAAUGGGGGGGUCAAGACACCUAGGUUCAAGAACCUAAUUAGGUUGCCUUAGAUGGAACAAUUCCCUAUUCUGGGCCUCAGUUUCCUCUGAAGGACAUGUUGGGCAAACAGUCUCUAAUAUCCUUUUAAACUCUGGCUUUUGAUUCCAUGACUCACUGAAUAUUUUCCAGCAAAGAUAAUUUAACCAACGCCUUGAUCUUAAGUAAGCCACCAAACAAUCACCCUUCAUCAUAGAAAUAUAAGUACUCUUCAGUGAUGUGCUUUUUUCAUUUCCACUUUUAAAUCAUCAGUUGCAGGCAGACUUAACAUAUUGCACACACGUUAUAAAUUAUGUAGGUACAGAAUCAUAGUCUAAGAUAAUGUGCAAAUAUAUGUGAGAGAAGAAGCAUGAGAUUUUUUUAGAGACAUAUUGAAUGAGGCUCUAAUUUAAAAAAAAAAAAUCUUUUACAGAAUCAAACUAUGCUUAUUUUUUGCUGAGUCCAGCAGCCCCAAAUCUCUUUUCUUAUAUCUGACUGCUGAUUUUUUUUUCUUUCUGAUGAACUAUAAACCACUACUGUGAGGCUGGUUUAAAGAGCCAUACGCUCUGAAUUAUAAAAAGUCGUAUUUUUAUAAACAAACACCUAAAUAUUCAAGUUACAAAGCACAUGGAGACAGGUUAGUCAAUGCGUGUUUUUUGGAAACUUAUAACCCAAACUCCAAAAUGUGCUCUCGUCAGUUUUAAUGAACGGGUUUAAAGCAUCUCAGUGUGAGCACAGUUAUUAUUAGGGACAGCUGCAUCCCUGUCCAUUCUCCUAAGUGCCUAAGACCAAUCCUGGUAGGCGGGUAUGUACUAAAAACUUGCUUUCACUGGUUUGGUCCAAAGUGGGUCAAUCCCUUACCACCUGUAUGAGGUGAAAGGGUUUGACCCUUGUCCCGUAGGACCCAAAUGAAUUGGAGAAUCCUGUGAGUUAACUCCAGGAUGCAAUUUGGCUGUGGGGAAAUCUGGCUCUUUCUUGAGGUUCUCCACCACUGUGGUCACUUGCAGAAAGUCCUGCCUUUAUUCAUUUCCCUAUCUCCUUAGUGUAGACAAGAAAGAAACAGAUCUGUACAUAUUUUACAAAGUGCCUUUCUUUACUUUUAUUUUUAAAAAAUUUGUUUUCUUUUUGCAAGAAAAGUGUAUUGAUUGGAAAGUAAAUUUUACUUGUUUUCUGUAAGUAACUGGAGAAACCAGAAAGGGAAUGACAGAAUGGUCUAAGGUCCAACCAGUAACUGGUGGAUUUAAUUUAUUGCUUAACUGAAUUACCACAGAGCUGAUGUGAAUGAAUAGUGCAACUUACUUUGAUAAGAAAGUGACUCUGGCUAGGAUUGGGGGAUAUGCCUGCCACCCUGUGAUUUAAUACUCUUCAAUUUAAAAACAUAUUGAGGGCGUUUGGAUGGCUCAGUCAGUUAAGCAUCUGACUCUUGAUUUUGGCUCAGGUUAUGAUCUCACAGUUUGUGGGUUCGAGCCCCACAUGGGGCCCUGUGCUGACAGUGGGGAGGCUCCUUGGGAUUCUCUCUCGCUCUGUCUCUGCCCCUCCCUCGCUUGCACGUGCAUUCUCUCUCUCCCUAUCUCUCAAAUAAAUAUUUUGAGAAUAAUAAAAUACUAAUAAUAAGAAGAAAAUUAAAACAUGUUGAUAUGCUUUUGAACGGCUUUGAAUUGCAUGCCUGGGCCUGAAAAGGACAAUGCAUGCAGUGGAACCUUGCACAUAUGCAAGAAAAUGUAAGUGACUCUGGAUUACCAUCCCCGGUGUUGCUAACGUGCAUUUGUCAUUGAUGAAAGCCUCAUGUGUCCUUCAGUGAACGAAUUCCUUGUUCUGCCUUUUUGGCUUAAGCACAAUAGUAUUGUUGCUGGAGUAGUGUGGGCGGAGCACCCAAUUUCCAGGUCUAGGCCACCUUGCUACCACUAAACAGGCUAUGUGACCUUUUGCAAGUCCUUUAAACUCUAGCCAUCAAUUUCCUGUUAAAUAAUCAAAUAGAAAUUCUCUCCCUAGGCUUGUGUAUUUCAGUUGGUGAUUUUUGGUCUGAGACCAUCAUGGUAUCUAUUCCAAUGAAAGGAGAAAAAUAGAAAAUAGGACAUUUCCAGAGGUUUAGGCAUCUCAGGAUUCCACAAAAUGCCAGCCAUAGCCUGCUAAACGCAAAUUUUACUGGACAAAGUAAAUCUGUAAUCUUUUCGGUGUUCUGAGUUUAUAGCUAAGAGAUAUCCAUAAUUCACAACACCAUAUGCCCGCCACUGUCUUGUCCACCUCCAUUCCUCUGAUUUAUGCUCUGAUCUCAAGAAGCACUGAGACAUGUAAAGUGGACGGACAUAUCCUGUUUAUGCAGCUGUGAUCAGUGAAUGGAGAGACCCUUAGAUCAUUGUAUUCUAUUCAUUAACUUUUUACCUGGUCCUGAUUAAAUAAAAAAACGACAGUGCACCCUAAAAACCUUUAGGUAGUGAAGUAGUAAUAUGAAAAAUAACCUUUACGAGUUCUGUUAAAUUAUGCCUCACCUGGAUAAACUUCAAAAUACAGUCUGAGUUUUUCCUUGCAAAUUUCACAUCCUGGAGAAAAUAAACCCUGUAAUUAUGUUAUCUGAAAUCAAAACUCUCUAUGGCAAAGAUACCUCUGAAAAAUAAUUUGUUUUCUAACAUUUCUGAUAAGAUGAUUUUGAACUUUUAAAAGUAACUACCCCCCCUUCUUGUCCUACUGUCCUUCCUUCAAAGCUGCUUAUUGUUUAGAAAUAAAAGAUAUCACAUCUAAUGCUUUGACUGUUUUUCAGUGGCAUAUUUGAUGUACUUGUCAUGUGACAUUCCUGAAUUUAAAAUAACUGCUAUAUUAUUUUAUAUUAUAUUGCUUUAUGUGGUUCAAAACUGUAUGAUGCAUUGAAAUAUAUACUCCUUAUAUUGUGAAACUCAUCAUGUAAUACAGAUGAAAAUAAUUAUAUAAUGACUUAUAAUCUAUCCUUAUGUAUUUCAAUAUGAUGGUGUCUGUAAAACAAAACUGAAAAAAAUGUAACCAUAUAUUUCUGUUGAGACUGUGAAUGUACUAAUUUUUUUCUUAAGCUUUGUCUGGAAUUAGUAUCAUAUGCCAUUGUACAGCUGAUCUGGGGUGUUAAGUGUUUAGAGUACAAUUCAAACCCUUUAAAAGUCAACCCUCAGCUUUGCUUCAUGUGACUUCUGAUAACUUCUUGAGUGUUAUUUGUAUCAUGAGGCUUGCUUUUGUGUUUGAUUAUUCAUUUUAAACAACUUAAAAAGUUUCAUGUGGAAACCACAGCAAUCUAGAGCCAGCGUGUUGUGUGAUCUGUGUCUUAUGAAAAGCCAUAUUGAAGCAAAGACUAUAUAAUAGUAAAAGGUUCCAUAUUUUUAAGGCUAUCACUACCUCCACUUUUUCUCUUUCCCUAGAAAAUACCAAGCAAAACUCUUCAACAUGAGGUGGGAAAUUCAAAGUGAUUGUUACAAUAGUUGCUGGGGGGUUGUUUGGGCUUGAUUUUUUUAUAGGAAAAUAUACCUUCUAAUUCACCACUUUGUAGUUUUAUGCUAGGUUUUCUCAAUAACCAUUUUUACAUUUUAUAAAAACUGGCUGGCAAAUGAAGACUGAAAAGAAUAUUUAGUAAGUCCCCAGAUGAAAAACCAACAAAACCAUAGAGUGCAGAUUUUUUCCUAACAAUGAGUCACCUCAAGAUGGUUACCCUAAGCCAUGGUAAUGAUAUUUUUCACAAUUUUAUUUUCCUAAUGCCCCUAGAAAUAAAUGUUGUCCUUAUUUGAUUUUAGCCAUCAAAUAUAUUAUGGUAUGGGAAAAGUCAGCCAUAUAUCAGAAAUAGUCUUCUUUUUAUUUAAAAACAUUUCUUGAUGUACUUAUUGUAAUGACUACUUUUUUGUCUUUUUAGCCUUAAAGAAUUAUAGAGGACUAUAGGCUGACUGGUCUUGCAUUUUUAAUUCUGUAAAUCUUUGGUUAUUGCACAUUGUACUUCCUGUUUUCAUGGAUUUAUUCAUUUGCCUCCUUUUAUUUUGAGGGAAUAACAUGGACAGUUAAAUCCUUGUUAGUAGUGUGGGAGAUUAUGCUGCUAUUGUCAUAAUAUUUUCAUUUUUUUCUGCACGCCAAAAAUAAUGCUUGCCAAACAAAAUCUUAGACAUCCCAGCAUAAUAUGGUCAUUAUAUUUAUAUUCCUGUUAUUGACAAUACCUAGUUCAGUGCCUGGGUCAAUAAAUGUUUAUUUCCCUUGCCUA